AUGAAGCAGCAGCAGAGGGACCCCGUGCAGCUGAGGGUUCCCCCACCGGAAGAGGAGAAUCCCUGGGUGAAAUGUCAAAACUGUGGUGCCUUUGGACAUAGCUCCAGGAGUAAGAGGUGUCCAAUCAAAUCUGACCAUGGCUCCAUGAUGCUCAUGCCCUUGGGCCUCAAGAAAGAGAAAAUGAAAGAGAACCAGAAACCACUGAAUCUCCAGAGGCCACAACUCUUGGACCAGGCUAAAAGAUACAAGGAACAGACAAGAUGGUUAGCAGAGCAGCAGGGAAAGGCUGUACUCCAGGCAGUUUCCAGGAGGCACCAGGAGGAGGAAAAGCAUAAUUGGCCGGAAGUGACUGCGCCCUGUGCCUAUCUGAGGCAACCAACCAGGCCAACCCUGUACCAUGGAAACAGGAAAAGGUCCAUCCCACAUCCAGUGCAAGAAAGCCAGUCUCCUGUCAAGAAGGAUGAUAGGUCACCCACAUGCCCACCGGUGCCACCCAUCCAUGGACCUACUCUUGCAAGGGCAAGAGUCUGCUCACAAGGGCACAGUCCAGGUCAAAAGGACAAGCUCUCAGAACAAGGGACAGUUGGCCAAGUUGUUGGCCAGGCUACCACCAAAAUGCAUAGCAUGGGACAGGUGGUCUCACAACUAAGGCCAGCCAAGCCUCCUGAGGAGAAACAGCUCUACCUACCAAAGAUAGCAUGCAGAGAAGGCCAUCAAUCCAAAAUUCCCUUUCAGGCACCAGGCAAGAGAGCUAUCACGGUCCCCAGGCAGACUGGUCAGAAUCCCCCAAAGAAACCAAGAUUCAGCCCCAGCCCAAGACCUGGGUGCAACACUGAAGGACAAGAGCUCCCGCAUCUCCAGGCCCUAACUUUGCCUCUCACUACAAGCACACUGGAUCUGCAAGCUUCCCCACAGGCCAACAAGCAAACAGCUAUGCAGGGACCAAGCUUUCAACUCCAGCCCACACACAGCUUCCCUCCCUUGCAACCUGCCCAGCCUCAUACUGACACCCAGCACUGUGGGGUCAGCCCCUGUCCCGGCCAGCCGCUCAAAAUGGUCUUCACAAGAUUGCACCAUGACAUGUGGGCCUCCAGCUUCCUGCCCCUUCCUUCACCUCACAGUACAGAGAAGAUCAGCCCUUCUGCCAGCAAACUUCUUUUGCUGGAUAACACUGAGGGGCACAGCUCUGGGGUCCCCCACAGUGUCCUGCAUGAGAAUCUCAGGCUCUCAUCCCUCUGA